GCUUAUUGUGCUAUGUAGGUAGCUGUUACUACUUACUGUUACUCCUUAUUGUGCUAUAUAGGUACCUGUUACUACUUACUGCUGCUCCAUACCCUGUUAUGUAGGCAGCUGCUGCUCCAUACCCUGUUAUGUAGGCAGCUGCUGCUCCAUACCCUGUUAUGUAGGCAGCUGCUGCUCCAUACCCUGUUAUGUAGGCAGCUGCUGCUCCAUACCCUGUUAUGUAGGCAGCUGCUGCUCCAUACCCUGUUAUGUAGGCAGCUGCUGCUCCAUACCCUGUUAUGUAGGCAGCUGCUGCUCCAAAUUGUAUCAUAUGGGGUGUUUUUAUUCUAUACUGUGUAAUGUAGGUAGCUAUUAAUCCAUACUGUAUAACAAAGACUGUUGUUACUCCAUACUAUGUUAUGCUGAUAACUGUUAUUAUAUAAUGUGUUAUGUAGGUAUCAUUUACUAUAUACUGUGUUCUAUAGGCUGUUACUCCAUUCUGUGUUAUAGGUAGCUGCUACUUUAUACUGUAUUAUAUAGGCUGUUGUUGUUCCAUACUGUGGUAUGUAGGUAGCUGCUAUUCUAUACUGUGGUAUGUAGGUAGCUGCUACUCUAUACUGUGGUAUGUAGGUAGCUGCUACUCUAUACUGUAUUAUAUAGGCUGUUGUUACUCUAUACCACUGGUUUUUAAACCUCUCCUCAGGCCUUCCCAACAGGCCAGGUUUUCAGGAUUACCUUGGGUGAGAGCAGGUAAAUAACAAUGUUUACUAAACAGCUGAUUAUUUCACCUGUGCUCUAGUUCAGAAAUCCUCAAAAUGUGUCCUGUUAGGGAGGUCUGAGGAGAGGUUUGUAAACCAGUGCUCUAUACUGUACUAUGCUGGUAUCCUUCUUGUGAUAUAUAGGCUUCUAUAUUUCCAUACUGCUGUGCAUAUAGUGUAUACUGUUCUGUACUCUGUAUAAGUUCCUUUUACUAAUGCACCAUACUAAGGGCUGCUAUUUGUUGCAGUGUUAUAGAUAGGUUGUAUUAACACUUACUGUGCUGUAAUGACUCAUUACUCUUUGGUUUGUACACAACCUGCUGUCACUAUGUUAUUGUUAACCGUUAGUCUGGAUUGCACUAUGUAGGCAGCUGCAGUUCUGAGUUAUAAAUAUAAAAAGGAGAGAUUAUGGCCUUGCUCUUUAAAAAGCUUUUUUGGAUAUUUGGCAUUUCUUCUGGCUUAUUGUGCUUUACGUGAUGCAGUGAACCGAUAUAAUGUAAUAUAGCCAGGUAGCCAUUAUUAGAUCUAUAUAGGCUGAGGACAUUAAACACUAAAUACCUUUUUAUAAACAUAGUAUUAUAGAGUUUAUUCCCAGCUUCCCUAUAGUCAUGGGGGCUGCCAUGUUGAAAUCAUUCACUACAUUCUAGUGCUGACCUAUUUGCACAUGUGCAGUAACCCUCCUGCAGAUACUGCAAUGUAACCUAGGUUCCAAAAUGGCAGCCCCCAUGAUCAAAGGGAGUUGUAUGAAAUGUAUUUUGUUUUUAAUGUUCCUUUUAGCCAUAUGUUACAUGAUGUGGGAAAAUAGCUUGUAAUUAUUACUGAUGUGUAAACUGGCCCUCCUGCUGUGUUGUACGGGCAGGUGUUGCCCCUUGUUGUGUUUUACAUAGGGUGAUGCUACUCAGUAAUAUGUUAUAUUAGACUCUGUUGUGCUAUAUUUGAUCUGUCUAUCUACAGAUGUCUGUCUGCCUAUCAAUCUAUCUACAUGUGCCUGCCUGUCUCUAUCUAUCUAUCUACCUACAUGUAUCUUUCUUUCUGCCUAUCUAUCAAUCUAUCUACACAUUUCUGUAUAUUUACAUGUAUCUGUCUGUCCUAUCUAUCUCUAAAGAGAGAAAAAGCAUAAACAGAGUAUUUUUGUUAUUUCUGUAAAAUUGCAGACAGUAAAAUCAUCUGAAACAUGUUCUGUAUUAUCCUUAUGGUUCUGCAUUAGCCCUGGGCAAUAGUGUUUUCUCAUAUCUCUCAUUGGUACUAACGAGUCUGUAUCUGAAAAUAUCUUACUCCAUGUGACUCACUAAAUCAUUGCACAUACAAGUCUUCUGUUAGCUUGCAUUCUAUAUAGUUACAGCUCUAAUCACCAGUUACAUUAUUUCAGUAUAUCUGCUGUAUGAUUACAGAGAUCUGGGAGUUUGGAUCAGUACACAUAGAGAUGACAUUUAUAUGAAAUGCUCUGAUUCAUCCAAACCCACAAUUCUGUGAACUGCCUAUAAAUAGUGCACAAUUUAUAGUGAUCAAGAGCUAUAGUUAGUAUUCUAUAAACACUAUUUAUAGUGGUAAUUUAGAACCAUAUAUUUAUGCUUUAGAACUGUAUUUUGAUGAUAAAGAGAAUGUAAGAUAAUAGGCAAGGGGCCGUCUGCAGGAGUGUUGGUAUCUGCACAGUAUAUCAGUUUUAUAUAAUAAGCAUUUCUCCUGCCCUCUGUGAUAAAAUAUAGUAUGACUCUCUUCUGACAAGGUUGGACAUCCUGGUUUAUAGCUAUAUUACAUUUUACAUUCAUAGCAAUAUAGAACUGAAUUACAGUGUCUUUGAAUCUGCCGGAAACCAGGAUCUGAAAAGGUCGCCUCGUGUGGUGGGUUUUUUCCUCUGGGAGUUGUCUCACGCCAUAAAAUGCACUGCUGCACUCUUACAUAUAGGUUACCUGUUGUAAUGCGACUGAUCACCUACUGGCUGUUUCUGACAUGCAGUCUAACUUUCACUUUCCUUGGCUGUUUGUUAUACAACUAGAAACAAAUUUCAUAUGAAAUACCCUGACUACAGCAAAUUUACUGUUCUGAUCCAACUGCAUAUUAAACAUAAUGCAUGAAAGGUUAAUGAUGAUAUACUAGUGAUAUAAUUAUGUUGUAAUACGGUGUAAUACUAUUGUACAGCGGUGUAAUAAUUCUAUAGAGCUGUAUGAUAUUACCAUAAAACAUCUCAGUGAUUUAAAGAUGUAUAUUCUUACCUUGGAGAUGCAUAAUAUAUAUUUUUAAAGAAUUGAACAGUAAAUAUAUGUGAUAGAACACUGACAUGUAAUAUAGUUCUAGGAACUUACAAACUGUAUAAAAUUGAUAUAGCCCUAUAUAAUAAAAUAUGGCUGUAUAUUUAUCUUAACUUGUACCUGGUAACAAUUUUUAUAUGGUGCAAACUAAAAUAUUUAAUAAUAUGUCUGAGUGUUUCAUUAUGUAUGUCCCUAAAUUGGGGUGUUAUUUGUCCAGUGUUCACAUUACCACAACCAGUUAUGUCUUGUGCUGUUUUGGAGUAAAGCACAAUUUUACAGUCAGACCUGAAGUCAAAUUAUCUAUUUAUCAUCGAUCUAGCUAUCUGUCUAUAUAUCUCCUGUCUGUCAUUCAUGUGCUUUACAUGUACUAUAUUUCUAGGUAGUCUGGCUGUUCUUAAAGGGACAUUAAACACUUUGAGAUGGUAAUGUAACAUGAUAAAUCGCAUAUCUUAAAAAAAAAAUAAAAAAAAAUACUUCUGCAAUAUACUUUCAUUACUUAUUUUGUGCCCUUUUCCUGUAAUUCCAUUCUGAAAUUGUGAGAUUCUCAGUUCCUGUUAGAAAUGGAACUGCAAAGCACUGUUCUAUUCCUCACAACCAUUGGCUGCACACUCUAGUGACCUAUUUAUAACUGUCCCUUAUUGGCCACAACAGAGAAGGCAACACGGCAGCUCCCAUUGUUUUAUAGACACUAAAACUUUACACUUAUUUAAAAAUAUUUAAACAGGUAAUGAAACUUUUUUUUAAAUAUAUCAACAUGUUGUUCUCAGACUAAUCUUUUCUUUGAAUGCUUCAUUCUAUCUAACAUGUAAUUAGUGUUUAAUGUCCCUUUAAAUCAUUUAAGGAUUUUAUGAUCUUCUAUUUCUUCACUGUCUUGGAAAAUGAAAUAUAACCCAUGCUUGGUUCAAAGAACCUGUUAAAUAUUUCAACAAGUGGUGUGCUUGGAUACUAAUGGUCACAGAUACUGACAAAUUGAGUCAUUACCUUCAGAGAAGUGUGACUCAAACAAUGACAAUAGAAUCCCCUCUGCUAGCCCUGGUUCUGUCAGCUAAAAAUCACUAAUCUUCUGGUGUAUAAUAUGUUUCCAUAUUUUCAUUUUUUUUGAUAAUCAGUAGAUCAAAGGAUAUAUUUCUUCUGAAACACCACAAUGCUUAUGCAGCUGCCGCCAUCUGUUUUUAUAAACUAUGCUAAGAAGCUGUUGAAGAAUGAGGAUCCGUCAUUCUAUUACAUUCUGGAGUUUGCACGCAAGAAUGCGGCCAAUGUCUUGUCCCUGGCGAAUAUGGUGAUGGGUCUGGCAUCCAUCCUCUGCGGUCUUAAUGGGUAUCACCAAUGGUCUUGUUGGCUUCUUCUGAUCAGUUUUAUGCUGGAUCUGGCGGAUGGAGCAGUUGCCAGGCAACUAAAUGCAUGUUCAGCCUUAGGUGCCAAGCUGGAUGACUUUGCAGAUUUCACUUCGUUUGGCCUCGCCACAGCGCUGCUUCUGUAUGCUCGGGGCUUCCUGGAGGGGCUGCUGGUUAUUGGAUAUGUUCUCGCAGUAUUUACUCGUCUCUGUUUCUAUUCAAGUGGAAUCCCAUUCAUAUACCGGGGAUUGCCCUGUCCUUAUGCCUCAGCUAUCCUAGCAUGUGUCUCUCUUCUAACGAGUAAUCACCAGGUGUUUCUGCAAGGCCUGGCCCUUGUCAUGAUUUUCUUCAUGGUGGACCAAGGCUUCUACCCACAUGAUAAAAUCCUGGAGUCACAGUUCUGGAAAAAGCUGGUCUUUGUAGGAGGUAUUUUGGUGAUGGUUUGUUCUUUUUCACCUAUUGCCUGUCUCUAUCACCUUGUAUGGUCAAUUUCCUAUGUCCUCUUCCCUGAAACCCUAUGGAGUUUCAAGGUCUAAUUUCUUGAGAAGAGAAAUGCUGAUUAUGUUCCAUGAGUCCAUCCUUGGAGGUCCAUCAGCUUACAGCAUUUUAAAUGAUGUAGAUUUACCAGCUGAAUAGCAGCAACUUCAAAAUGUCCCCCAGGAAUAGGAUGAGGGAUGUUUUCAGGUUCCACGAUGACCUGCACAUUGAAACCCAAAACAUAAUCAGAACUCAAGCUACAGGUCCAGGAAACAGCCGUGAGUUCUGGAUCAAGAUGGGAGAUACAAUUCUCAGAAUAUGUCCAAAACAAAGACUGCUUUUUACAAUUUACACAACGCUUUACAUCAUUCAGUAUUCAUCAGACUGCACAUAAUAUCUUUAAGAUGAAUAUAAAGAAUAUCUGUGGAAUUCCAUUACAUUUGUAUACAGUGCCACCACACCAUGAUCAAAAAAAUAGACUUUUUAUUAUAACAAUACUGAAGGUGGAGAAAUAAACAAGAUUUUGAGAAAAUGUAGACCAAGGAGGUCCAACAGCAGUUUUCAGGAAUCAAAAUAGACUCCAUAAAAGGGACAGUGUACUUGAUAUAAUUGAUAUGAAAGAAUAGAAUUUAAACAUAGGAAUUAGCAGGAAGUUCCUAUCAACCAAUCAGCAUUAACAGGAAGUACCUAUCACCAUUCAGCAUUAGUAGUGUAAUAGUUUAAAUUUAUAAAGCUUUUACUUAUUAUUAUUUUCAGGCACAAAAAAAAAAUCUAAGUUUGCUGCGCAUUGACAUGACAACUACCCUUUAAGAUGCCCCUUUAAGAUGUAAGAUUGAAGGAGUGAUGUAGGCACAGUCUGAUUGGCCAACUUUCAAUUAAGAAAAAAAAAAAUCUACACCACUGACUUGUUACCAACCCCCGAGUAUCCAAAUUGGACAAACCUGUUCUAGAUUAAGUAAGUCCAAUCAAACAAUGUAAAACCGGCUUUAUAGAGCACUUACACUGCAGACCAUGAAAAACCGCUAGCUGCAGAAAAUGUGUUGUCUCUCCUGAUCUGAAUGCACAAAUAUUGUGAUAAUUGAUACUUUUACCACUGAGAAUUUUAGCAUAUUUAUGUGAUUUCUGAGUUAUUGUAAUAAGUGUGAAUAAUAAUUUGCUUUUUAUUGCUUUGGAAUAAACUAAAGAUGCGUGUGA